AUGGGGCAAUUAGUAUCGUCAGUAGUAGAAAUGAUGAAUAACUAUGAGAUUAAAAUAAAACGAGCUCGUUCAUCAGUACUCAAGAUUUCAAGCUUAUUAUCUAAUGAUGCAAAUAAUAUUACACCCACUACAAUCAAUAAUCAAACAAUAAAAGCAAAAAGAAAACGCGCUUCGCCUAAUCAGUUGCUUGUAUUAAACCAAAUAUUUAGCCAAACCUAUUUCCCUUCAACAGAAGUUCGUGCACAACUAGGAAAGCAAUUAGGUAUGAGUCCUCGUACAGUUCAAAUUUGGUUUCAAAAUAAACGUCAAUCUCUUCGUUUCCGUGGAAAACAAACUAUGAACGAUCAUAGUUCGUUUUAUUUGCCCCCAAUUUCACCACCUACAUCUCCGUUACAACAUAGACAUUCAUUUAAUAGUGAUAAUAAUAAUUAUUCAUUACCCCCUUUAACAAGAUUUUCUGUUUCUAUUUUCCCUCAUACACCUUCUUCACCAACUUUCCCUAAUAGUCCAUAUUCAUCGAUUUAA